AUGGCCACUGACACCUUCCUUAUCGGGAUACUCUGCAUCGCUGGGAUCAGCCUUACCCCUGUGUCCGCUCAGUUCCCGGCUCUCUGCGUCCAGAACGCUACCCUGCCUAACGCCACGUGCUGCCCUACCCCACCCGGUUUUACAGAACCUUGUGGUGGACCCGGUAGAGGGCGCUGUAUUCCGCUCCAAAACACUGACGAUCUACGGAAUGUUCCGGAGGCCAAUUUACUCGACGACCGAUUUGAUUGGCCGACGAGUUUCUUCCAGUACGCCUGCAACUGCGUGGGCAACUUUUCUGGCUACAUGUGUCACGAGUGUUGGUAUGGUAACACGGGACCCGAGUGCAACCAGCCAAUCAGAACGGUGAGACGGGAGAUCGGUUCCCUGAGCACCGAAGAGCGGCAGAGGUUCGUCUCGCUUUUGCAGCAGUCUAUGGAGGUGCCGAGUGACUACAUGGUCUUGAACACUAGUCAAAGCAUGGAUCCAGCUGUCGACCCACAGUUCCUCAAUGUCUCUGUAUUUCAGUAUCUCUCAUAUCUACACUACUACGUCAGCCGGAAGACAAACUUCGGCAACGACAGCUUGUGCGACGACCCUACCCUUAUGUGGCCGGAUUUUGCCCACGGGGGCCCUGCCUUUCCGUUGUGGCAUCGUCUGUUCUCCCUCAAGUGGGAGCGCGCGUUAAGGGCCAUCGCUGGGGACGAGACAUUCUCCUUGCCCUACUGGGACUGGAUUGACGACGGCGGACGCUGCGACGUCUGUACGAACGACUGGUUCGGGGCAACGGACCUAACCGAUCCUCUCGGUCGACUAAGUCCGGAGUCUCCAUUCUCAUCAUGGCGAAUUAUGUGCAACCCGCCAGCCAAUGGCUGUCAUAUCUGCGACCCAUACGUCGACAACGGACCAAUCAUACGACAGCCUGGCGCUAACCCUCUCUACCGGAACUUACCGACCCGCGAAGCGGUGGACUACACACUGUCCUUGAUCUUUUAUGACCUUGACCCAUAUUCUGUUCGCUCUCCUAACACGGCUUUUAGAAACGUCCUUGAAGGGUUUGCCAACCAAGACGGGCCGUCCAUCAUCAACAGUUCCGUCCAUAACCUGGUCCAUAGCUUCAUGAACGGGACGAUGUCGGAGCUAGCAACGGCCGCCAUGGACCCUGUCUUUCUCGUACAUCACACGUUUGUGGACAAGCUAUUCGAGACGUGGUUACGGAGAAACCAGGCCACGGCUAGACGGCUUCCGCUGGUUGGAGCUCAGCCCGGGCACAACCGGAACUCUUUUCUUGUGCCAUUCUUUCCCCUGGAAUCAGCGUUCGAGUUUUUCCAGAGCUGUGUUAAUCUGGGUUAUGAUUAUGACGACAUUCGGACUGGAGAAGCAGACGACAACACUGGUAAGUUAACUGAGGAUGCAGACUGGAGAAGCAGACGACAACACUGUUUGACCGUAAAACGGCAACGCAAGGCAGAGAUGGACAACAGGCGUCACAUCUUAGGAUUGCUGCACUUUGACGGGAAAGGUUCCCCGUAG